AGUUUGUCCACGUGGAACAACGACAUGGACAACUGUUUGAAUCUACCGAUCUAGGAAAACUGGAAAAGUGUAAGAGAAGGUAGGUUUAGGUAACGUGCCAUGCGAGUAUUCCACGUGGACUUUCGUUCCCUGAACGGACUUCUUCUUCUUCCGAAACAAAGGUAAGAAAAGUCUCCUCCUUCAACUAAGUUUAUUCAUUUGAUAAAAUACCCACCAAAAUUUUCAACUAAGUUUAUUCAUUUGAUCGAAUUCCCACCAAAUCAGCCAAAUUUUUCAGUAGCUAUACUAUAGGAUCAUUCUCAACUAUCACCCUUCAAUCACUGCAAUUCACUUUCUUUCUUUCAAAUAUGUCUUUUGUAUCAAUUCAAAUCCAAUUGGCACGGUUCUUGUUUGAUUCCCUCCAAUUUUAUGUCUUCUUCUAUGACCCUUUUGUAUUGAGAAUCAAGUUUUGAUUUUAGCUAUAAUAUUAUUUAUAAGAAGGGUGAUAAUUUUUGUAUUGAAUUGAAUGGAUAAUUAUGGAUCAUCUUCUCCUUACCGGUAUCCAAGCCCAUAUAUGUACCCUCCCAAUCCUCAUCAACCGUACCCUCCUCCUCCAGGUUCAGCUCCUGAUCCAUAUGCACAGCAUGUUCCUUAUCAACCAUAUCCUUACCUUUCUUCACAUUCCUUCAACUAUUCCUAUCCUCCACCUCCUAGACCUUCCUCACAUUCUGGCCAUUUUGAGUAUUCCUAUACUCCUCCUCCUCACCCUUCUGAUUUUCCCUACCCCCCUCCACCUUAUUAUGCUCAUCCUCCAUCUUAUCCUUAUCCCUACCAUGUUCCUCCACCAAAUCAUGAUCCUUCCAAGCCUUCCCUUUCAUACCAUGCUAGUUUCCAACAUGGAUCAUCUCAUUAUUAUUAUCAACAACCAAACCAGGCCUAUUCAGCUUCGGCUCCUGAAGUCCAACCUGAUAUCCACUCGCACACCAAUAGCUACUCUGGUCCCUACUGGCAGGAGAACACAAGCACUGCAGCAGAUGAAGUGUCACAAGCUAGUGAUAGUUCCAAGCCUUCUCAGGGUUCUGCUUACCCGCCUUUGGAUGAUCUUAUGAGCAAUGUUCGGUUGUCUGAUGGCCAGCCAACUGCUCCUGCAUCGCCACCUGCACCUGCAAGGCAACCAUUUAUGCAUUCCAUUUCAGUUCCAAAGUUGCAACAGAAGAGAGAGGAAUUUUAUGGAUAUUCGAAUAACUCCUUCUCGGGGUGGGGAUCCUCCUACCACAGUCAGGUUGAUUCGUCUAGGCUUUCUGAUUUUUCUGGCUCAUUUAAUGAAUCAAUGCAUAGUCAGAGUUUGCAGAUUGUUCCAGUGCAGAAUAAAGGGUCCUUGAGAGUUUUGCUGCUACAUGGAAAUUUAGAUAUAUGGAUCCAUGAAGCCAAGAACCUUCCAAAUAUGGACAUGUUUCACAAAACAUUAGGAGAUAUGUUUGGUAAAUUACCUGGUAGUGUGGGCAAUAAAAUUGAAGGAACUAUGAAUAAGAAGAUUACUAGUGAUCCUUAUGUAUCAAUUUCAGUAUCCAAUGCUGUUAUUGGGAGGACUUACGUCAUUAGCAACUCCGAAAAUCCUGUUUGGUUGCAACAUUUCUAUGUUCCUGUUGCGUAUCAUGCUGCUGAAGUGCACUUUCUUGUUAAAGACAACGAUAUUGUGGGUUCACAGCUCAUUGGCAUUGUGGCAAUUCCAGUGGAGCAAAUAUACUCAGGAGCAGUAGUUGAAGGAACCUUUCCUAUCCUGAAUAAUAAUGGGAAGCCUUGUAAGCAAGGUGCUGUCCUGACCCUAUCCAUUCAGUACAUACCUAUGGAGAAAUUGAGCAUUUAUCACCAAGGAGUUGGAGCAGGGCCAGAAUACAUUGGGGUUCCUGGCACAUAUUUUCCUUUGAGGAGGGGUGGAACCGUUACUCUGUACCAAGAUGCUCAUGUUCCAGAUGGCAGCCUCCCUAAUGUGUUGCUUGACAGUGGGAUGUAUUAUGUGAAUGGAAAGUGUUGGCAAGAUAUCUUUGAUUCCAUAAGUCAAGCUCGGCGUUUGAUUUAUAUUACAGGAUGGUCUGUGUGGCACAAAGUAAGGUUGGUUAGGGAUGCUGCUGGUUAUGCUUCAGAUUAUACCUUGGGUGAUCUUGUAAAGUCAAAGUCACAGGAAGGAGUAAGAGUUCUUCUCCUUAUCUGGGAUGAUCCUACGUCAAGAAGCAUUUUUGGUUAUAAAACAGAUGGUGUCAUGGCAACUCAUGAUGAGGAAACUCGUAGAUUUUUUAAGCACUCUUCAGUGCAAGUGCUUCUUUGUCCUCGCAGUGGCAAACGACAUAGCUGGAUCAAGCAAAAGGAAGUUGGAACGAUAUAUACACAUCAUCAGAAAACCGUGAUUGUGGAUGCUGAUGCUGGAAAUAAUAGAAGAAAAAUUAUAGCAUUUGUUGGUGGACUUGAUUUGUGUGAUGGGCGAUAUGAUACUCCCCACCAUCCUCUUUUUAGAACAUUGAAUACAAUACAUAAGGAUGACUACCACAACCCUACUUUUACGGGUAAUAUUGGUGGUUGUCCGCGGGAGCCAUGGCAUGAUUUGCAUUCUAAAAUUGAUGGUCCAGCAGCUUAUGAUGUUUUAACUAACUUUGAGGAGCGCUGGUUAAAAGCUUCGAAACCUCACGGGAUUAAAAAGUUGAAAAUUUCAUAUGAUGAUGCUUUGCUAAGGCUGGAAAGAAUUCCAGAUGUUAUUGGCAUCAAUGAUGCUCCAAGUGUUGGUGAAGAUAAUCCUGAAGUUUGGCAUGUUCAGAUAUUUCGUUCAAUUGAUUCAAAUUCCGUUAAGGGGUUUCCAAAGGAUCCAAAAGAUGCAACGAGCAAGAACCUAGUUUGUGGAAAGAAUGUGCUGAUUGACAUGAGCAUACAUACAGCAUAUGUUAAGGCCAUUCGUGCUGCACAACAUUACAUUUAUAUAGAGAAUCAAUAUUUCAUCGGUUCUUCUUACAAUUGGAGUCAACAUAAAGACCUAGGUGCUAAUAACUUAAUCCCAAUGGAAAUUGCUCUAAAGAUUGCUGAAAAGAUAAAAGCAAACGAGAGAUUUGCAGUGUAUGUUGUUAUUCCAAUGUGGCCAGAAGGUGUUCCAACAGGGGCUGCCACACAAAGGAUUCUAUUUUGGCAGAAUAAAACAAUGCAAAUGAUGUAUGAGACAAUUUACAAGGCUUUGGUUGAGGCAGGGCUUGAAGCUGCAUUUUCUCCACAAGAUUAUUUGAACUUUUUCUGUCUUGGUAAUCGAGAGGCCAUGAAUUUGUAUGAUAAUGCCGGUGUGACUGGAGCUCCUCCCCCAGCAAAUAGUCCACAAGCAGCCAGCCGAAAUAGCCAACGCUUCAUGAUUUAUGUUCAUUCAAAAGGCAUGAUAGUUGAUGAUGAAUAUGUGAUAUUGGGGUCUGCAAACAUCAACCAACGCUCCAUGGAAGGAACAAGGGACAGUGAGAUUGCAAUGGGAGCUUAUCAACCUCAUCAUACGUGGGCAAGAAAACAAUCUUAUCCACAUGGACAAAUCCAUGGAUAUAGGAUGUCACUUUGGGCAGAACAUACAGGAACAAUUGAAGAGUGCUUUUUGCAACCCGAGAGCCUUGAAUGUGUAAGAAGGGUUAAAGCAAUGGGUGAAAUGAACUGGAAACAAUUUUCAGCUAAGGAAGCAACAGAGAUGAAAGGGCAUCUACUGAAAUACCCGGUAGAAGUUGAUCGAAAUGGCAAGGUUAGACCCCUUCAGGACUGUGAAGAGUUCCCGGAUGUGGGAGGAAAAAUAGUUGGAUCUUUUCUUGCUAUGAAGGAGAACCUAACCAUUUGAUAUUGAGUUUAUUACUUAUUAGUUUGAGUGUUUUCACAUUAUGCUAGCCAAUAGGAUAUGGUGUAUGUAUGUACAUUACAACAUAGAAACAAUUUUGAAAAGCAUGAUAGUUGAAGAAACAAUUACCAACCCAAAAUCCAACCAAAUAAAGACACCAUACUGAAAAAGACCAAGUGAAGAUGAUGUACAAAUAUACAGCUAAGUUCUAUUGAUCUUUCUUUCAUGGGACGUUUACAAGCUUUGCAUGUCUACUACUUCCACUCGGAGACCAAGUGCAGCAAUUUCAGGCACAUCAGCAACUACCCUUUGGUUCUCAUCAUUGUUUUGUCCUCCAACAUAUUCCUCACAGACCAUAUGCCUCAUUCUCUCAGAAAAGGAUUAGUUUAUCAGUAACACACUGCUGCAAUAACAAUAGAGUUUCAUUCCAAUGCUGGAUUUUGUCUUGUGCAUGCUUCCUUCUUUCUAUAUGCACACUUGCCAAUUUAUAUAUAUUGAAAUUAAAAAUUUAAGGGGGCAAGUUAGUUA